AUGAAAAGGGACAGCAGCGUCUCUAUGGACGAUAAUGGCAGUUCACGUAUAGUGGGCGGUGAAAAAACUCCUCCAGGAUUUGGAAAGUUCGGUGUAUCACUUCAAAGUAACAUUGGGCGUCAUGUAUGUGGUGGUGCUAUUAUAUCACAUAAACACUUAGCAACUGCCGCACACUGCGUAAAGGGAGCAAACCCUAAACAUAUAAAUGUUGUUGUCGGUACGACGAACUUGGAUGAAAGAGGAUUACAAUAUGACGUAGAAUCGGUACAUGUUCAUGAUCUGUAUAACUCCACCCUUAAAAUAAACGAUAUCGCAGUUAUUACAAUAAAAGGUUUAUUCGAUUUAGAAAAGGUAGAAGUGAUUAGACUUGAUGAAAAUGAAUUGAAGGAUGGAGAAAUUGUAUUAUUAACAGGUUUCGGAGCUCAAGAGCCUAAUGGAGAGUCGACUCGGAGAAUGCACGCUUUGAAUUUAACAGUAUUUGAACAGGAUGUUUGCCGUUACGCAAUGCGUAACACACGAGAUGUUUACGACUGUAUGUUUUGCACAUUUACAAAAAUGGGACAAGGAACUUGCCACGGUGAUUCAGGGGGACCAUUAACGAAGGAUAACAAAUUGGUUGGAAUUGUUUCAUGGGGCAUUCCUUGUGCUGUAGGUUUCCCGGAUAUACACACAAGAAUAUCAUCACACAUUUCAUGGAUUCGUAGCAUUAUAGAUAGAAAAGUUUGUAAUUAUUGCAAUUACAAAAAAAAGAAGCUCUAUAAUUAAUAAAACUGUUAUAUGAGUAUAUAAAUCGUUUCACACCAGCUUUGGAAUAUUGAAAAAAUAACGAUUUACUUUUUAAGGCUGUUGUUUAUUAUUUACUUUUACCUGCUUAUCAUAAAGAUAUUUUUGUAUAAAGUUCUUGAUACUAUUUUUACGUAUCUGCAAAAUAAAUAUUUUAGUUUAGUCA